AUGGGCAACGGAGCGAAAGCACAGCAAAAGCGUGAGCGCAACGCAAAGGACACCUCGACCAAAGGCUCGCAACUAAAAGCCAACGCCGCAGCCAAGACGAUCAAGUGCAAAGUCUGCUUUCAGGACUUUCAGAGCACCGCGAAGAGACCGGCUCUGGAGCAACAUGCCGAUAGCAGGCACAGCAAGAAAUACGAGGAGUGCUUUGAAGGUUGA